GUGUAGUGUUUGAGUGUGAGUUGGAGCUUCGGAAGUGGGAAGGAAAAAGACGGAGCCAAUGAAGAAGACGACGAUUCCGCGGUCGUUUUCCUCGCUCGCUCUCGUAUUCCCCCUCUCUUUCUUUUUUUUUUUCACAACAAAGCGAAAACCCCACGUAGUCCCCAACUCCACUUCCCCUCACCUUCUCCCUAAACCAAAACACUAGCUCUCCAAUCACUCCCCUCCUCGUCGUCCUCCUCCUCCCAUGGCGUCACUCUCUCGGUCCUACGUCCCCGGCCGCGCCAUCAAUGUCCCCGACCGCCGCGAGCCUCGUCGGAUCGCGCGAUCGAGGGACCUGGCUUUGAACCCGGCCCCGGGUUGUAGGGUUUUGGGGGAGCGUGGGGUCGUGGCGCGGGCGCCGCGAGCAUCGGCGGAGUUAGGCGCCGUGGUUGAGGAGAGGUGGAAGAGGAAGGAGGAGAAGGGGGGUGGAGAGGAGGGAGAGGAGGAAGGGAGGCCUCUGAGGGUCGGGUUGGUGUGCGGCGGGCCUUCGGCGGAGCGCGGAAUCUCGUUGAACUCGGCGAGAUCAGUGCUCGAUCACAUAGAGGGAGAAGAUUUGCUGGUCAGCUGUUAUUAUAUUGAUAAUGAUCUGAAUGCAUAUGCAAUAUCGCCGGCACAGUUAUACUCUAAUACGCCUGCAGAUUUUGAUUUCAAACUUGAAAGCCUUGCCCAAGGCUUUCACUCGCUAUCUGACUUUGCACAGCAUCUUGCUUCCUCUGUUGACAUAGUAUUCCCUGUCAUCCAUGGUCGUUUUGGUGAAGAUGGCGGCAUUCAGGAGCUCUUGGAGAAAGCAAAUGUUCCAUUUGUCGGUACAUCCUCAGAGGAAUGCCGCCGAGCAUUUGACAAGUACAAUGCUUCCGUGGAGCUCAACAAACUGGGUUUUGUGACAGUACCUAGUGUUCUUGUGAAGGAAAAUCAUAUAGAUAAGGCAAAACUGGACCAGUGGUUUGAAAGCAUUGAUCUGAACAGAGAAAAUGGCAAAGUUGUGGUCAAGCCAACAAAGGCAGGAUCAAGCAUUGGGGUCGCAGUGGCUCGUGGUGUUGAUGAUGCCAUCAGAAAAGCUAUUAGUAUAAUUUCAGAGGGCAUUGAUACUGAAGUUCUUAUUGAAGUUUUUCUGGAAGGUGGUAGUGAGUUUACAGCAAUUGUCAUCGAUGUUGGGACAGCUACUGAUUGCCAGCCUGUUGUUCUUCUCCCAACUGAAGUAGAACUUCAAUUUUGUACUGAUAAUAAUGUCCAGGAGGAUACAAUUUUCAACUAUCGCAGGAAAUAUCUUCCAACGCAACAGGUUGCUUACCAUACUCCUCCACGCUUUCCAACUGAUGUAAUUCAAUGUAUAAGAGAAGGGGCAUCCCUAUUGUUUCAGCGGCUUCAUCUGCAUGACUUUGCUCGGAUUGAUGGCUGGUUUUUACCUGCUCCUGAUAGUAUGCUAUCAUCAGUAGAAAACAAUAACAGAAUUGGAGUAACUAAAUGGGGUACCAUCAUUUUUACUGACAUCAACUUGAUAAGCGGUAUGGAGCAAACCAGCUUCUUAUUCCAACAAGCCUCCAAGGUUGGAUUUUCUCAUUCGCAAAUUCUCCGUACCGUUAUCCAACAUGCUUGCUUGCGAUAUCCUUCUCUUCUACCACGCAGUAAUGCAUGGAAUGCCUUAUCUAGAAAUCUGCGACCAGCACAAAAUACUGAAUUCAUUCCAAGAGAUAGGGGGACUCGGAAGGUAUUUGUUGUCUUUGGAGGAGAAACUUCAGAACGUCAAGUAUCUCUCAUGAGUGGAACAAAUGUCUGGCUUAACCUGCAAGGGUUUGAUGAUCUUGAUGUCACUCCAUGUUUGCUUGCACCAAGCAAUGGAUAUUCACCUGCCCAGCGUCAGGAUGUAGAUGAGCAUGGCAGUUCAAGAACUGUUUGGACUUUACCCUAUUCUCUGGUUCUACGGCAUACCACAGAGGAGGUUUAUGCUGCAUGCAUUGAGGCAAUUGAACCAGAUAGGGCUGCAUUAACAUCUCAUCUGCGAGAUCAAGUGAUGAUUGAACUUGAAGAAGCUCUAAGCUGGCAUAAUUGGUUUACAGGGUUUGACAGUAUGGACAAACCACCUGUCAAAUAUUCACUGGAGCAGUGGAUCAAACAUGCUAAGGAAGUUGAUGCAAUAGUGUUCAUUGCAGUGCAUGGUGGCAUUGGCGAGGAUGGCACUCUUCAAUCUUUAUUAGAAACCGCAGGAAUUCCUUACACAGGCCCUGGACCUAUAGCUUCAAAAAUUUGCAUGGACAAAGUUGCAACUGCGCUUGCUCUUACCCAUUUAAAAAGUUCUGGAGUACUUACGAUACCUAAGGAUGUAAGGAGCACAGAGGAGCUAAUGAAAUCUUCGCUAGCUGGUAUUUGGAAUGACUUGACAACAAAACUUCAGUCUAAAACAUUGUGUGUGAAACCAGCUCGUGAUGGAUGCUCAACAGGAGUUGCUAGACUACGCUUUGUAAAAGAUCUAGAAGUCUAUGUAGAUGCAUUGCGAAAUUUCUUGCCGCGGAUACCUGCUAAUAGUUUCUCAAAGGCACAUGGUGUAAUUGAGAUGCCUAUCCCUCCUCCCAAAUCACUAAUCUUUGAGCCCUUUAUUGAGACCGAUGAAAUAAUUGUUUCACAUAAAUCAGCGGAUGAAAGUGUUCGCCGCCUUAUUUGGGAGGGGCAAAAUGAAUGGGUGGAAGUGACUGUUGGUGUUGUUGGUACGCGUGGAAAUAUGCACUCGUUGAGUCCAAGCAUCACCGUCAAAGAAAGCGGUGAUAUAUUAUCUCUUGAAGAAAAAUUCCAAGGUGGUACUGGCAUAAACUUGACACCACCUCCAACGACAAUUAUCAGCACUGAGGCUUUGCAAACUUGUAAAGAGAGGAUAGAGGCAAUAGCUAAUACAUUGGGGUUGGAAGGGUUCUCGCGCAUUGAUGCAUUUGUGAAUGUGCGCAGUGGAGAGGUUUUGGUGAUAGAGGUUAAUACUGUUCCUGGGAUGACUCCGUCCACCGUCUUGAUUCACCAGGCACUUGCAGAGCAGCCGCCCAUAUACCCCCGGCAGUUUUUCCGGAAGCUUCUCAACUUGGCUCUUGAAAGGUGUAAAUAGACCCUGUUUGUAAAUACGAAGCUCUUCAAGUCUUGGGCUUCUGAAACCUGGUUUUUCAGUUACCUUGUCAAGGUAAAGUAAAUGCAUUCAGAACCUUUCAGUUUGUAUCCAAACUCGACCCCAUUGGGUUUAGCUUCAUCGGAACACCAGGUUGAAGUGCUUUAACAAGCAAGUUAAACAAUUGAUCAAAUCCCAUUGUGUCCAAGUCAUUUAUGUUGCUUAGCUGGUAAUUAGGGCAUUUAUCAUUAUCGAUCGAUCUUAUAGUUGGCAUUUAUCAUUGUCGAUCAUACAGUUGAGAACCAGCCUUUACGUCGAUAAAAAGAAAGGGCUUUUGACAAGUCAAUAAUUGCACACUGCUGCGAAUGUAAUCCAAAGCUUCUGAUGAUACAGAGUUGCAUCUUGACUACUAU